GUCUCCCGAGGGCCGCGCUGCGUUCCCUUUUGGGCACGGCCUGUCCUACACGACGUUCGAGUACACCAAGCCCCGGAUCGUCGACGACUGCGACGGCGCCGUGUGCAUAGGGCUGAGCGUCGUGAACGUCGGCGCGGUCGUGGGCGCCGAGGUCGCGCAGGCGUACGUCCGCUUUUCGGCCUGCGACCGCGAGCCGGGCCUGGUGCUGCGCGGCUUCCAGCGCACCAAGUCGCUGGAUCCCGGCGAGGCCACAGAGGUGCUCUUCAAAUUCACGGACAGGGACCUCUCGGUCUACCACGCGGAGUCCGGCUGGACGCGGAUGGGCGCCUUCGAGGUCCACAUCGGGGCGUCCAGCGGCGACAUACGUCGCGUUGUCAACGUGGACCCGCCGGGCGGCGCCGAAGCUGGCGCCGCCCUGGCGCAGUGA